CUAUCUCUUUUUACAUUAAAAAAUAUUCAUAUUUGUUUUUAUUUGUAAAAAAAAGUUUCAUAUUUUUAUUUUCCCGGCAACACAUACAAAACCCUAAUUCCAAAUUUAUCUUCACCAAGAGUUAUCUAAAAUCCUGAUUCAUUUUCUCUCACUCCAAAAAUUUCCAACCCAAACAUUUCAUCAAACACUCAUCGUGCGAACCAAAUGGAAAGAAAACCGUUCAACAAUAAUGAUUAUAGUUCAGAGGACGAAGGAACUGAACACUACAGGCGUGGAGGGUACCAUGCUGUUCGAGUUGGCGAUACUUUCAACAAUGGUUGUUAUGUUGUACAGUCUAAGCUCGGUUGGGGCCAUUUUUCAACUGUUUGGCUCGCUUGGGACACUCUCAAAUCGCGCUAUGUGGCCCUUAAAAUUCAAAAGAGCGCGCAGCACUACACUGAAGCUGCAAUGGACGAAAUAAAGAUUCUCAAACAAAUUGCAGAGGGAGACCCUGAUGACAAGAAAUGUGUUGUGAAGCUUUUGGAUCACUUUAAGCAUUCAGGGCCUAAUGGUUUGCAUGUGUGUAUGGUUUUUGAAUUCCUCGGCGAUAAUCUUCUCACCCUUAUCAAAUAUAGCGACUUUCGGGGGGUUCCUCUCUCCAUGGUUAAACAAAUAUGUUUUCAUAUUUUGAUGGGCUUGAAUUAUUUGCACCACGAGCUUUCUGUCAUACACACUGAUUUGAAGCCAGAGAAUGUGUUGCUUCUUUCAUCGAUUGAUCCAUGUAAGGAUCCAAGGAAAUCAGGCACUCCACUUAUCCUUCCAAACACCAAGGAUAAGGCCGUGUCUAAUAACAGCACAAUCCAAAACAAUAAAAUUGGGAGUGGUGAUUUGAUGAAGAACCAGAAGAAAAUGCAAGGAAAGGCUAAGAGGGUGGCUCAAGGCUGUGUUGAGAAGGCAAAUCCCGAGGAUUGUCAAGAACCCGAUGAGCAAGAAGAUUGUAAUAACGGUGUGAAAUCAAGUGUAGAAUCUGUUGAAAACAAACCAAAUAGUUCUUUGAGUGAAGGUGAAUCAAUACAAACUUUUGAAAAGGAUGUUUCACAAGGAAAUCAUGGUCAUAGGAGAGGUAGCCGUUCCAUGAGAAAGAAGCUGCUGGCAGCUGUUGAUCUUAAGUGCAAGCUGGUUGAUUUUGGCAAUGCUUGUUGGACUUAUAAACAGUUCACAAAUGAUAUUCAAACAAGGCAAUAUAGGUGUCCUGAGGUUCUUCUUGGAUCUAAAUAUUCGACUCCAGCAGAUAUGUGGUCCUUUGCUUGCAUUUGCUUUGAGCUUGUUACCGGUGAUGUUCUUUUUGAUCCUCACAGUGGUGACAACUAUGAUAGGGAUGAGGAUCAUCUAGCAUUGAUGAUGGAACUUCUUGGAAUGAUGCCUAGCAAGAUUGCACUAGGUGGUCGUUAUUCUCGAGAAUUUUUCAACAGGCAUGGCGACUUGAGACACAUCCGCGAAUUGCGAUUCUGGCCAAUUAAUAAGAUUCUGAUGGAGAAGUAUAAUUUCAGUGAACAAGAUGCAAAUGACAUGGCUGACUUCCUCAUUCCAAUACUCGAUUUUGCCCCCGAAAAAAGACCAACAGCUGCUCAGUGCCUUAGUCAUCCGUGGAUCAGCGGAGGUCCCCGAACUCUUGAACCCUCAGUGACUAGGAUGCAACCUGAUGCAAUCAAUGAGGAAUUGUUUGAAAAGAGAAAGAAGGAAAAGGAAAAGGCUGAGCAGGAGUUAGUGGAAGUUGGUAUGAGGAAUAUAGCCAUUAAUGGAACUAGUGAAUCCCUCAAAGACUCUCAACCUCUAAAGUCAUAAACAUAGAUGCAAAUUGGUUUGUCCUCCACCUAUAUAGCCAUUAAUGAAGAAUGUGCAACAUAUUUUUUUGUUGUUGCAUGGUCGCGUCUUCCUGGUCCUUGGAACAUGAAUUCUAUGGAAUUGUAACAUUGGACAUUAUGUGCAUUAUUACAGAUCAGUCAUUGAGUUGUGAUUUGGGAAGCAUUUCUUAGGUUGAAGACAAAUGGAUUUCUGUUGUAUUUUUGUAGAUCACUUCUUUCCCCUUAACUAGUACUACAAAGGUACACCAUCCCUUCUUUCCCCUUAACUAGUACUACACAAGUACAUCAUCCCACCUUAAAUAUAAGCAAAAAGUACAUGUAUUUGGACCAAAUGCAUGUACUUUUUGCUUGUAUAUCAGGCCAGAAUAAUAGCUUUAAAUCCAAAUUAUCAGUGCUAAGUCAUAAAUUUAUUUUUUAGGAUUGUUUGCAACUUCUCCUAGAUUACAUUUUUGUGUUCUUGAAGUAGCAGACUCAGGGGAUUUGAUUUGUAUAUUUUGAAUUUGAAUGAGCACCUGAAUUUUGUUGUUGUGGACUUAACUGUUCUUUGUUAGUUGAGAUUACCGUACAUUCAACUUUGGUUAGUGUUCAUUGUAUAUAAAUAUUGCCAUAAUUCUAUA